UAUUGAUCAUCUCCUUGUCGACGGCUACAGGGCAAGCUGUUGACAGAUGUGAGCCGAGCUGGGUGACGGAUUGCUACAUAAAUUAUAUGGGCUUUUUAUGGCGGGAGGAGUUUAAGCCUACCCCAGAAGGCGAUUACGACGAGGAGGGGCUCAAGAGAGGUUGCAGCCUCAUCAAAGGAAAGCUACCGUGUCACCAACAUCUGGACAAUUGCUCUGAAGCGGUGACUGGUGACCGCAGGAUCCAGGAGAGAGGAUACGAGGAGAUGCGCAACAUUGUCUGCGAUGUUAACUCACUGAAAGAAUCUCACGACGCCAUCAAGUGCUUAAGCAGGGAGAAGUUGGAAGAGUGCGCAAGAGCGUUGAUGCCAACGUCCAAUCCACAAGAUGCCGGGAAGUCACCUGUCCCGACGCCUCGCUGCAACCUCAUCAAAGAAAAGCUACCGUGUCACCAACGUCUGGCCAAUUGCUUUGAAGCGGCGACUGGUGACCACAGGACCCACGAGAGUGGAUACGAGGAGAUGCGCAACAUUAUCUGCGAUGUUAACGCACUAGAAGCAACCCAUAACGGCCUCCAGUGCUUAGACAUGGAGAAGGUGGAAGAGUGCGUAAGAGCGUUGAUGCCAGCGUCCAAUCCACAAGAUGCCGGGAAGCCGCCUGUCCCGACGCUUCGCUGCAA